CAGAACCACUAAAUUCAAGAACGUUAAAAACACCUCACGCUAAUAAAUAUCUUUUAAGACAUUUUUAAAAAAAUUUAAUUUAAUUUUUAAAGUUAAAUAAACAAUUUUGAAUAGAAAAUUUAUAUAUUUAAAUGUUUAACAAUAAUAUCGUAGCACCGACAUUCUUUUCAAGAAGAACAUAAAUAGUAGAAACUAAAUGAAGCUUCUAAAGAUGAACACAAAAAUGAUUCUUCAUUCUCAUAACCAUUGUUUUAAGAUUCUAUUUGCUCUUGUGCUUUUUCUUUUGCAGAUAUUAUCUCAAAUCGAAGCUUCUCGAUCAAAGGUUGAAAUGCUUCCUGGUUUUGAAGGUCCUCUUCCUUUUGAACUCGAAACAGGGUACGUGGGGUUAGGAGAAACAGAUGAUGACAUGCAAGUGUUCUACUAUUUUAUCAAGUCAGAGAACAAUCCUCAAAAUGACCCUCUUUUGCUAUGGUUAACCGGUGGUCCUGGUUGCUCUUCUUUAUCUGGCAUUGUCUAUGAAAUAGGCCCAAUUGCAUUUGAAAUCAAGGAGUACGACGGGAGUGUACCUAGUUUGGUCUUGAGACCACAAUCGUGGACUAAGGCAUCCAACAUUAUUUUUGUAGAUUUGCCACUUGGAACUGGUUUCUCAUAUGCAAAAAAUGUAACUGCUCACCGAAGCGACUGGAAAUUAGUUCACCAUACUUAUCAAUUUCUUAGGAAGUGGUUGAUUGAUCACCCUGAAUUUCUUUCAAAUAAAUUCUACAUGGCAGCUGAUUCAUACUCUGGCAUUAUUGUGCCAGCCGUUGUCCAAGAAAUUUCAAAUGGAAAUGAAAAGGGUCUCCAACCAUUGAUAAAUCUGCAGGGAUAUCUGUUGGGAAACCCCAUAACAACAUGGAGAGAAGACAAUGAUCAAAUUCCGCAUGCUCAUGGAAUGGGACUCAUUUCUGAUGAACUCUAUGCGUCACUACAGAUAAAUUGUAAAGGAGAGUACAUCGAUGUAGAUUCCAAAAAUGAGUUGUGUUCAAGAGAUCUUCAAUCUUUUCAUGAGUGUAUUUCAGGAAUUAAUAGAUUCAACAUUUUGGAUCGUUUAUGUAUAGAUGAUUCACAUUUGUGGAGGAGAUAUUUAACUCAGGAGUUGAAGGCAUCAUUUAGUUCUCAUCUCAAAGUGCCUGAAUUAAAUUGCCAAAUUUAUGGUUUUUACCUCGCAACUAAAUGGGCUAAUGAUGAGCAUGUUCGCAAGUCACUGCACAUUCGUGAGGGAACCAUAGGGAAAUGGGAACGUUGUUACAUGACUGAUUUUGAGCAAGAUAUCCUGGGUAGCUUUGAAUUUCAUGUAACUAAGAAAAAAGGAUACCGUUCUUUGAUUUACAGUGGGGAUCAUGAUCUAGUUGUUCCUUUCAUUUCGACUCAAGCAUGGAUAAGGGCUCUAAACUACUCUAUUGUGGAUGAUUGGAGACCAUGGUUUGUAAAUGGUCAAGUGGGAGGAUAUACAAGGACUUACUCGAAUCAAAUGACAUUUGCAACUGUAAAAGGUUCAGGACAUACAGCUCCUGAGUAUACUCCUGAGCAAUGUUUUCUCAUGUUCACUAGAUGGAUAUCUUAUUUGCCUUUAUAACUCAACAGCUGAGAUGACAUAAAUUUCACUAUAAAUAAGAUGUUAAUUUUUUAAUAAUUUUAUUUUAAAUUAUCUAUAUUUGAACAUUGUGUAUUAAGGGAGGAAUGCAAACAAUCAUUUGUACUAAAUGUUAUGUAUUUUUAUCUAUAUCCUUCGGUCUUCUUA